AAAAAACAAGUGUAUGUUGAAUGUAUAUAAAAGAAAAUACAUUUAGUAACAGAACAUUUAAUUAUCUGUUUAAUAAAGUAAACCCUGUGGUCCUGUAGCAUGGCAGAGACCGUGCACUGUCAACCAGUUAAAUUAAACAUGUAGGUUAACCUCCAUCUUCUGAAACGUUGUCCACUGGUAAUGUAAUGAGCCCCGUCACCAUGGUAACGUGGUGUCGCAGCCUCGCUGCUCGGUGAUGAUCAGACUCCUCCGGUACAAUGACGGACUUAUUCUCCACUUCCGCUCAAUAACGGGAUGGAUAUGUUUCUAUGGCGGCUCCCAGCAUGAUGACUUUCCAGGUGAACUCCUCUCUACCCGCCGCCGAGGCUCGAACAGCCCAGCGGGGCCCUGACGCCUCCGGACACCUCGCGUACCGGAGCCUCGGGAUGGGAGCGGGCGGAGGACGAGCCGCCUUCAGACAGAAAAUCCACAUGAGGAGGACACUUCCUGUCACACAGCCGAGGAGCAAGUGCGGGGAUGGGGAGUCGUUCAUCGGAGGCCUCAUGUUCAGGGGGUCGCCUCACAUGACCAAAGAGUCAGAGAAUGAUCCAGAGGAAGUCUAUGGGAGACACUUUCUCUUUGAUAACAAAUGUGCCAGGUUUGAGAGAACCAGAACCAUGAUUCCUCCACUGCUGAGAGACUACCACAGACCUGGCACCCUGCACCCCCUCCGCCUCUCCAAGGAGCUUUCCCACAGCCACGCAGGGCCGCCCUUCACCCUGGGUUACCCUGAGAGAUAUGAGCUGAACCCGAGUCCAACCAUCCUCCUCCCCUCCACUUUAUUCCUGAACGGCAGAAACACCUUCUCAGUUGAAAACUGUAAACUCAGCAGGCCUAAGGUGAAUUAUCCAACCUACAACAACCUAUUGACUGUUAAAGACAAUCACACCAGCCAGUCCUAUCCAGACCCGGUGGUCGGAGCCUCUCGCUCUUUUAUCCACAGGAUAUCUGAGCUGUCCUCUCUGGAGGCAGAGACGGCGAGGCAAGAAAAGCUCAAGAAAAUGAGGAAACUGAGAAAACCUCCAUCCUGACAAUCACCUUUGUCCCAUUCGCACCGGUCAAGGAUUAAAACCAUUGAGUCUGUGCCAACAACAUCGGAACAAAAUAAAACGUUUAGGGAACCGUGUUCAUUUCAGUGGCUCGUUCUGACGGCUUGUUUAUCCUCAGUGAUUUUAGUUUCCUGCUUGUCAUGGCUGCUCUUCACGUUUUGGGAUUCCUGACUACAGCUUCUCUGUUCUAGUGACCACAUGUAGUAUUUACUGUGGCAAACUGCAGCAUUUGCCCAACGAUAAACGAUAAAUCCAUUCACUAUAUUCCAUUAUGACUCACAGUAGUUUACCACUCAACAUCCACUUUUUUAGUUUAGCUCUUUAAUGCCCUGUAAUGGCUGUUACAUAAUACUGACAUAUUUCCCGUUGUGUCAUCAAUAGGUUGCAGAUGCUGUCCGGCUGGGAUCUCAUUACAACAGUGUUUUGAUGAUUGCCGUUAUACCAAUUACGAUUUGUUCAGCGAGUGGGACAUCUCUGUACACACUAGAGAGUUUAGCAAAACUAUUAUUGUGCCUUGUAAUAUGUC